AAUCAAUUUCACCACGGAAAAAAAAAAAAAAGAAUCGGACGAGGAACUUUAGGAGAUCAUUAAAUCACAUAAACCAACUUGAAAACAGACAUGCCUUUUGCUCAGGUAGUUAUUGGGCCUCCAGGAUCAGGCAAGACAACCUACUGCAAUGGCAUGCACCAAUUCCUGAAUGGGAUGGAAAGGAAGACAACUAUAGUCAAUCUCGAUCCAGCAAACGAAGUCGUCCCUUAUCCAACAAACAUUUCAAUUUUGGAACUGAUCUCACUUGAAGAUACAAUGGAGAAUCUACAACUAGGACCCAACGGUGGAAUUAUUUAUUGCAUGGAGUACUUGGCUGAUAACAUGGAUUGGCUUGAAGAAAAGCUCAGAGCAUGUGGAGAUGAUUACAUUGUCUUUGAUUGCCCAGGUCAGGUGGAACUGUACACACACAAUGAUGCCAUGAAACGCAUCCUCGCCAGGCUAGAAAAAAUUGGGUACAGGAUGACCUGCGUUCAUCUUGUCGAUUCACACUACUGCACAGACGCAGCGAAAUAUAUUUCUGUCCUCUUGCUCUCAUUAAAGACCAUGCUGCAGCUCGAACUACCUCAUGUGAAUGUGCUCUCCAAGAUGGACCUAAUCGAGACAUAUGGCCGUUUACCCAUGUCACUGGAGUUCUACACAAAUGUGCAAGAUCUCAGCUUUUUGCAGUAUCAUUUAAAUCAAGAUCCUUUCAUGAAGCGCUUCCAGCAAUUGAACCAGGCCAUGUGCGACCUUAUUGAGGAUUUUGGCCUUGUCGGUUUUGAGACUCUAUGCAUUCAGGAUAAGGAGUCUGUUACAAGAGUGGUUCGGGCAAUUGAUAGGGCUGGUGGCUAUGUCUUCGGUGGCCUUGAAGAGGCAAACGAGAGCAUCUUUAUGACAGCAAUGCGUACGGGAUCUGAAUGGGAGAGUACAGUCCAUGAUGUGCAAGAGCGAUACAUGGGUUCAAACAGAGAUGAUCCAAACGCAGAUCUGGAAGAAUUUGCAAGAAAUUAUAAAGUAGACAAGGACAAUGAUGAAAGUCCCGAUCAUAUAUCCAGCAAUAAUACUCAGCGUGCGAAAAGGGUUGCAUUUGUGGAUGAAAAGUAAUCAUAUACAUAAAUAUGUAUCGCCUGUAUCAU